UUUCCCUUCCAGCAUACAGUACCAGACAUCCCAAACUUGUCGAAUGCACGGCAGCACGACGCCAAUCCGACAGCUGGCGUGAUGGGUAGCUCGCUACGACCGUCGAGAUCUCACGCCCGAGCGUGCUUACUCCCGUAGCGGAGCGCACUGUAGCGGGGAAGCCCAGCCAUGGCGUCGUCGUUCAUGUCGCAGGUCCUCCUGCGCGUGCUCCGCGCGUACAUCCGCGACGCCGACGGCGCUGCUGCGUCCGACCUCCGCCUCUCGCUCUCGGGGGGGUCCCUCACGCUCAGAAACUUCGAGCUCAACCUGCCAGUCCCCCGGCACAUCCCCCUCACCGUGCGGCGGGCACGCGUGGCGUCGCUGCACCUGAGCAUCCCGUGGGCAGCGCUGGGGUCGCAGCCGGAGGAUGACGGCAGAGGGAACGCGGGCGGCGGUGAUGGCAGCGACACGGAAUCGCACUCGUCGCACGGCAGCACGGGCAGCAGUGGCAGCAGCGGCAGCAGGGGCGGCGAGGCGGCGCAUGCGAGGGAGGAGGUGGAGGAGCUGAUGGCGCUGGGGGGAGUCUGGUCGUUCCUGCAGGCCACGCUGCUCAACGCCUCUGUGACUGUAACGAACGUGCACCUCAAGUACAUGACGCCCUCUGCUGUGGUGUCGCUGGGGUGGUCCCAGCUGGACCUCUUCUCCGCUGCCGACGACUGGACCAAAGCCUUCGUGCCACCAGAGGAAGGUGUGAGGAAGGUUCUGGAGGUCAAUGGCCUGUCUGUGGAUGUGGCAAGUGCUUCCAGCCAAUCACAGAACAUCACAUAUCGUGCAAAUCAAGUGCCGCUCCUCCCCAGCGUCUGCCUCACCUCCCGCCUCGCCAUCACUCCGCCCUGCCCCGCCCUCUCCCUCCCCCAGCGCGCCUGCCUCUCCCUCCGCCUCCUGCCCCUCGCCCUCUCCGCCCGCCCCUCUCAGCUCUCUGCGCUGCUGAGCGCCGUGGGGCGAAGCAGGGAGGUGUGGGGGGGCAGCGUGGAGGCAGAGGGCGCAGGGGCGGGUGAAGUGGGGGACGAGGCAGGAGUGGGAGCAGGGGGAGUAGCGGGAAGGUCAAUGGGAGAGAAGGCGCGCGAGGUGGAGGAGGGAAACGCCCUUGUUGACGGAGGAGGUGGCCGCGAGGAUGCGCACGGAGGAACAAGCGAAGCAGCUGAGAAGCUUCUAGUAGGAGAGCAGGGGCAGAGGGAAAGGGGUGCGGGUGCGAGGGAGAAGGCAGAGCGAGUGGUGGAUGAGGGCCGCGAGGGGGGGCAGGUGCAGCUUGAAGAGCCAAAGCAGGUAGACGAGGCACAGCAGGUGCAUGUGAAGCGCGGCGUGUUGCACAGCAUGGGGCGCGCGAUAGGGUGGGUGCAGAGCCUGUUCGCGGACGAGGACGAGGACGAGGAGAGCGCAGGCCACGGCAUGGCAGCAGUGGGGCGUGGAGAAGCGUCGGUCAGAGCAGCAGCAUCGGGUGGUGGUAGGGACGUGAGGGGGGCGGAGGGCAGUGAGAUUUGGGAGUGGGGCACAGGCUAUGAGGCUGGAGUGCACUUUGACGUGGCGGCUACUGAUUGGUCCGUGGCUGUGCUUCUGGAGGGCGCUGAGCUGGCUCUUGUGAGCAAGUGCAACGGGGGUAGCAGGGGCGGCGCAUCUUCUUGUCCCACGGGCGAUGCAGGCAGCGCAGAGGAUGGCCAGGACGCACCAGCAUUGCCUCGCCCGGACACGGCUCAUCCCAGCCCACCCUUCCGUCCGAACCUGGUGUGCAGGCUCGGGGCCGUCCUGGUGGAGUCGGAGGGAAGAGGCACAACCGUGGAGGCAGCCAGUGUGAAGCUGGGGCCGCUGGCAGUGUCUGUGGCAGUGCCAGGGGGGAGCAGUUCAGGUGUCCCGUCAGGUGUAGGGGUUGGUUCAGGUGCUUCUGAUGCUGGUGCAGCUGAACCCUCACCGCUUCUGCCUCUUCUCCAGCUGCACACGCGGCAGCAGGCAGGGCAGGUAGGGGCGGCAGCAGCGGGUGGGCCAGCAGACAGCAGUGUGGGAUCGUUUGACUGCCUGCAGGCUGCUGGGCCUCUGGGGCUCACUGCUGACGUCAGCCUCUCCCUGCACGUGGGACACGUGGCAGUCUCCUAUUGGCCAGGCAUGGCCAGCAGUGUGGUGCAAUGGUGGCAGGAGGUGGAGGCAUUGGGUGGAGGGGAGGGGAUGGGAGGAGAUGUGAGAAGGGCGGGGUGGGCAAGGCAAGAGGAGUCCAUUGUUUCAGGCAAAGCGCCCAGCGCCUCUGUCCCUGCCUCCACUGCCUCUCACGCCUCCCCUCAAUCUUCCCCAAGCCCUAAUCGCUGGCUGGCGAGCCUCACUUGUGUGAGCAGCGCGGAGGUGGUUGUGGAUGGUGUGGCAGUGAGGGUGCGCGCUGGCAGCGCAGGGGACAGCGUCACGCGCGCUGGCAGCAGUGACAUAGAGGGGCGCAGAGAGCGGAUUGGGGGAGCGAGUGUGGGUGUAAGCACGGGGCGAGUGGCGGUCUCUGCUCUGCUGUGCUUCUCCAGCCGGCCUCUCUCCGUGCGGACUGCACGUGGGCCGCGGCCCCUCCCCUGCCACACCCUGCUGUGGCACCAGCAGCACCAGCAGCCCCCGAGCGCGAGCCAUCAGCAGCACCAAGUGGAGCAGCAGAAGCAGCCGCUUUGCCACGUGCAUUUGAGUCAGGUGCUGCUGGAGUGGCAGGGAGUGCUGGGGGGAGCGCUAUGAGUGGGGAGGAAGGCUGGCAGCAUGGGGCACACGGGGAGUGUGGGAGCCGGGGUGAGGCCACCAUGGAUGCGUUCCGCCUGCAUGUAUCGCGCGCCCAGGCCGCGGCUGUGCUGGCCAUGGGUGCCGCCAUGCUCAGGGAUGUGGGCUGCCAGGCACACUGUGGUGGGCAUGGUGCUGUGGCUGCCGUGGCGCCAACUGGUCAGCUGCAAUCCGCCACGGGGGGCUCAAGUGCACGAGUGCAGGCAGCAG